AUGAACUCCUUGCUUCGGACCACAAGGUUGCUGCCAGCCCGAGUUCCCCGACGAGUGAUUUCUCACUAUUUCUCUUCGUCUCGACCUUCUAAUAACAAGCUGUGCCCAAACUGUUCUCAUUCACUUCCUUCUGCUCUUCCAGCCUGCACAAAAUGCUCGCACAUCGCUCCCAUAGAUCCUCACACUCGUCCUCACACCGUCUUGGAUAUCCCAUACUCUCCCAAUCCUUUUGAGAUUGACGAGGCUACCUUGAAACGUAACUUUCGCCAAUCACAGGCUGCAUGUCACCCCGAUGCUUGGUCGUCCAAAGGCCCUGACAAACAUAAUACCGCAGAACAGCUUUCUGCGGCCAUAAACAACGCGUACCAAACGCUGUUGAACCCCCUCUCAAGAAUUGAGUAUCUUUUAGCAGCUAAUAGCUGCGGGCUAGACGAAACCGACAAGGUCGACGAUUUGGAGUUCUUGGAUGACAUUAUGACCGCUCGUGAAAAGAUCCACAACACAGAAGCCAAAGAGGACCUCGAAGUGGUGACGCAGCAGAAUGAAGAAAGGAUCGACGGAACGUUAAGGGAGAUAUCUCGGCUGGUAGAAGCUCAGGCAUGGGAAGAAGCGAAAGAAGCCGCGAUUAGAUUGAGGUAUCUGGAUGGGAUACGCAAGGCAGCGCAAGAAUGGCAGAGUUCCAGUUAG